ACCGUCUCGUGGGACCGCGCGUGAAGUCUAUACGUUUAGUCGGUUUUUAACGGAUUUUAAAAGGCUUCUUUCUUUCCCCCACAAAACUGACUGACGUCUACAGAAUAAAGGGAGUCUGAUGUGUAGCAGAAACCAUGCAUCAGCUGUUAGGCCUGGUGCUGGGCAAGAGGGACCUGUCCCGGGCUGGAGACCUCUUCUCCCUGGAGGACUCUGAGAUAGAGGACGGUCUCUCACAGGCCCUGGAGGAAAUCAAGGCUAUCUCCUGCUCCCCUGACUACCUGACCAAUGACAAUGACCAGGCUGUGGUGGAGAUCUGCAUCACGCGUAUCACCACGGCAAUCAGGGAGACACGGUCCAUCGAGCGCCAUGGGGGGGCACUGGUGGGUCUGUGGGAGUCCUGUCUGGAACACAACCUCACCCCCCAGGGUAAAGAUGAAGACACACCCCAUGCCAAGAUAGCCUCUGACAUCACCAGUUGUAUUCUGCAGAACUACAGUCGUCCCCAAGUGAUGGCUCUAGCAGUGCCGGUGGCAGUGAGGUUUCUGCAGAGAGGCAACAGAGAGCUCAGUAGAAACAUGUCCAGUUAUCUCUCUCUGGCUGCCAUGGCUAAGGCUGAACUACUGGCAGAACACACAGAGGCUAUCACCUGCAGCGUGCUGGGAGGUAACCACAUGCUCCUACGCGUGCUGCCGUCCGUCUACCCCAAACAGCCCCAUACCAUCCAUCGUCACCUAGGCAACCUGACGGCCAUGAUGUCACAGCUCGAUUCACCGGAGCAACAACACCUGCUGAGGCUGAUCCGGAUGGUCGCCGAGCAACAGCCACUGGUUCUGAGCCCCCUGGUGCCCUCCCUGGUUGGUUACCUAGGCGAUGCCUCUCUGAACGAGACUCUACUGGGUGCACUGGUGGACGUGUCACAGGCUAGCCCCGCCUCCAUGACCCCAUUCCUGCCCGCGCUGAGGGUUGUGGGUCAGCAGUACCCAGUCCUGCUAGGACACGUGGUCAAAAUACACAGAGCUGUGGGCUUGACCAGUGAGCGUCAGGCCCGUAGCUCCCUGGUAUACCUAGUGUCUCUGCUGAGCAGUAUGGAUCACAGCUUCCACUACAGUCUGCUGCUGGAGAUCAGAGCCCUGACUGACAGAUACAGCUCCAUCCUGGGAGGCUGUGCCAAAGACACCUACAGGAUGGAUCACAGCUUCACCUCUAUAGCCAGACUACUGGAGACAUACACCACCAUCAACUGCAGGGUUGAAGAGGAAUCAGAAGGCCCUCAUUCCCCAGAGGCCAGUGUGUGUGUGGGUGCAGGGGGGUUUGGAAGGGGGUCACAGCAGCGACUGCAGGUGAAGAUCCAGGCGUUUGAGGAGAAGAUGGGGGAUGAGGGGGGAGAAGGGGAGACAGAUGGUGGGUCACCUACACCCCAACGCAGAUACAGCAUGGGACAGGCCACUCGAGAGGAAUACAGAGAGAUGAGAUUUAACAGGUCAAAGAGUCUGGCUCUGCAUGCCGUGAGGUCACGGUCCAUCAACUCUGAGAGUGGUCAGGAUGGAGAAGGGGUGGAGCUAACGUCUGAUGCAUUGCUCUCAGUGUCCCCACCCAAUCAGCAAACGGAAAACUUAGACACCUCUCCCACUGAGAGGGAGCUAACCAAUGAGAGUUCCCUGUCUCCCUCCACCCGUCCGGCCACGCCCCGUGAGGAACUGAGGGAUGGACAGGGAGAGGGGGAAGGAAGGAGAGGAGUGAAGAGGGACACUGGGAAAGAGGACAAGCUGUACAGCCACCUGAGGGACAACAUGGAGAAGAUCAAAGAGUUCUGUUCUGUGAUGGUCCAACAGAUCCCCAUACCAGAACACUGUGUCAUAGAAGACUCAAGCCGUGGCUGUGUUGCAAAGCUGUCGUUCUCAUGCUCUCUAAAGGGGCAUUACUGUCUGUUUACCAAGUCCUGUUUCACCCUCACCAGCCUCCAGCCACACCUCUGGAUCAACAUUAUGCUGCUUCACCUACAGAGUCAGCACAGUGCUCCCCUCUCCUCUCUGGAUGACUGUGUUCAGAGGUUGGGGAGACUGUGGGAGAGGACCCAGCUAAAAGGAGCUCACUGCUUCUCCAUGGCCAUGACACAACAGCCCACUCCACACAGAAAGGACCUGGACAGUCUGCAGAUCCUUCUGGAGGAGGUACGUUUCUUUGACCUGUUUGGCUUCAGUGAAGAGGAGGGCAGCUGGCUCUGCUACAUGUGCAACAACCCAGAGAAGGCCACAGUGGUGAACGAGGAUGGCCAGCCGCUGAUAGAGGGGAAACUGAAAGAGAAGCAGGUUCGCUGGAAGUUCAUCAAACGCUGGAAGACUCGCUACUUCACCCUGGCAGGAAACCAGCUCCUCUUCCGGAAGGGAAAAUCUAAGGAUGAGCUUGACGACAGCACCAUCGAGCUGAGCAAAGUGCAGAGCGUCAAGGUGGUGGCUAAGAAGCGGCGUGAGCGGGGUCUCCCUCGGGCCUUUGAGAUCUUCACGGACAGUAAGACGUACGUCCUGAAGGCUGGUGAUGAGAAGCAUGCUGAGGAGUGGCUCCAGUGCAUUAAUGUUGCCGUGGCCCAGGCCAGAGAGAGAGAGAACAGAGAAGCCACCACCUACCUGUGACCUUGUGACCUGGAAGAUAUUCUACUGUGACCCGUUCCUGAGCCAGAAACACAACAUACAGCCCCGCACUACUGUACCAUCUACUAACAACAGCUGUGAUGUCCACUGUUUAUGGUCACCUGACAGCUGUGGGGCAGCGAAGAC